GCGGGCUAAUUCGUGGGCUGGCCUAGUCCACCCCGCGUAACUUAUUUUGGGUCUAAAUACUGGGCCACCUUACAACAUGGCUGAAUGCUAAGCGUGCUAGGGUUCAUCAGGUGUUGUAGAGAGACACAUCUAUUGACAGUGUAAUGGUGCCAAAUUAAGUGCCCAUUUCUUCUUGUAGUGGUUAUUAGAGGAUUUGCUCGCUAUCAUAUCACAGUAUAUAUCUUCUUAUUUGUUUAAUUUUUAUGUUUCUUAGGUGAAUUACUCAAGAGGGCUCGACAAUCCCACAAAGUAGAAAAAGAGGUUAUGUUAUGGCGGGCAAAGGUGUUAGUUCGGUGGCUAAGGCGGUAGCAGAAUAUCAGUAUCCUUGGCGUGAGAAGUUGGGGAAAUAUAAGGAUGAGCUUGCCAAGGGUGUGUGGGGAUACUGGGAGCUGGGGGCAUGGAAGCCGCUGAGUAUCAGUGCUCGGCAUCGUGCUAGAAUUCGCAAGGAAGUCCUCCUUGCUGGGGAAGAUUGGCCCUACGAUCCUGAAAGGAAGGAGAUGAAGACCAGGAGGAAAGGACACAAAUGUGAUAGGAUUUCUGCCGAAAAGCGCGCAAACACAGCGAAGUUGAUGGAGAAGAUGCCCCAGAUGUUGCUGGAUUACAAGAAGAGAAGGUGGCAGAAGAAGAUGAAGGAGGAAGACAAGGGAAAACUUUGAUUUUGCUCCUCCUCUAAUUUUUGCAAGGUUCAGCAUAAACUGUGCCUUUGAGAAAUGGAGUAUUUAAUUAUGCCAUGUUACACCUGUUUGUGGGCCUAAUGGAUUAUUAACUUUGGUUAUGUUUUUCAAUCCUUAAUAACCCCUUUCGAGAGUAUGGCCUUGUGAGUAUCAGGGGGAAAAGGGCUUUACUACAAUGGAAAUUACUGUUAUGUGGUUUUGUUUUUAUGUAUAUGCUUGGAUGAGUGCUUGUCGGUACUGACAAUUGCUUAUUUGGUGCCAAGGGCUACGCUCUCUUCUUAAGGUCUUUGAACCCAGGUAUGCUGAUACCACCUUGUUACUUAUUAGUGCAUGUAUGAUUAAGUUUGUUUUUGAAGAAAUAAUAACCCCCCCCC